AUGCAUGCGAUAAUGUCCAGCAACCGAACAGACGCAAAUAGGUUGAACCCGGCUUUUGGGUCGGUGCAGCAGUUUGGGAUGAGCAACGGUGGCGGCGGUGACGGCAGGGGCGGCGUGGUGGUGACAGGCGGUGGCAGGGGCGGCGAGGCAGGUAGCGCGGGUUCCGGCGCGGCUCUGGGCUCAGGCGCCAUGGGCAGCAUGGGCGGCGUAAGCGGUGGGGGAGUCGCGGGUCACGUGACACUGCCUCCGAUAUCGUCGUUCGACAACCUCAUCAGAGCGGCGGAGAAGCAGUAUUCGGAGACGGCGCCUGGCAGGCGUGUCCACAUGCACAACGACCUGGCGCUGAUGACCAGUCCGGUGCUGCUCAGCUACCAAUUGACGUCUCCGCACCACGCGAGCUCUGUGGUACAGAGACGGCUGUCGUCGGCGUCGUCAGUGUCGUCGUCGGCGUCGGUUUCGUCGUCGUCCAUCUCGCAUAACGCUCAACUGCAAUCUGCAGAGCCAUCGCUGUCUCCUUUGCAGCGAAAUCCGCCCACGUCAUCUUCUUCGUUGUCCUCCGCGACGAAGAACAGUCAUAGUACGAGUAAUGUCAGCAGUAGCGCCAACAGCUCAAAAACGAACUCUAAAAUCCACAAAGCGAGGAAGAAAAAAGAGUGUCCGAUAUGUCAUAAUUUCUACGCUAAUCUCUCAACGCACAAGUCUACGCAUUUGACCCCUGAAGAUAGACCGCAUAAAUGCCCCAUUUGCAACAGGGGAUUCGCUAGAAACAACGAUCUGAUAAGGCAUAAGAAAAGACACUGGAAAGAUGAGAUUGUCGCUCACAACGAGCACAAAGACGACUGCCAUCAUUGCGCGAGUGAAGAGGAUGAUGACACAGACCAUAACACGAGCACGAUGACCGAAUACGACCAAUUGAAGUCGUUGCAUCAAAUAAAGGGCACUUUCAAAUGUCCGUAUAACUCUUCACUGAUACAGUUGGACAUGGAAGUUUAUCCGUACAAAUCGAAACCUUUGAAAUUUGAGACUUCGAAUUGCCACCAGACAGGUGUGUUUUCGCGGUGCGACACGUUCAAAAAUCACUUAAAGGCUCUCCAUUUCGAAUACCCUCCUGGCACAAAGAAGAGGGAUCGUGCGGUAGUGCCCGGGAGAUGCAAACAUUGUGGGCUCAAGUUCCCAAACGUUGACGUUUGGCUCAACGAACAUGUGGGCAAAACUUGUGGAUAUUCUUAUCAUUGA